AUGAAAGAGGAAAUCAUGUUUGACAACCAAACAAAGCCAUGCAGAUCGAGGGUUGACUCCAAAAGCAAUUCAAGUUCUCUGAAACCUAAGUUUGGAUCCUCAUGGGGUUCCCAAAUUGUCAAAGGGUUUACAGCAGACAAGAAAACCAAGAAGACAGCAGCAGUUGCAAGUAAAAAACCACCUCUUGCAAGUGUUGAAAAUGUCAAUCAGACCAUCCAACAGAUUCCGUACCACUCUAGGGUUAAAAGAUCCCUCAUUGGGGACUUCCCUUGUUCACCUGCUGGUGCUCAAGUCCACCCCCAUGUCUUCGAUUGCCACAGUAUUAGGUCCCCAGCAUCCCAUGAUCUUUUUCUUGAGUUGGAUCAUCUCAGGGAGCAACUACGUGAGUCGAAAGAAAGGGAAUUAGCAUUACAGUCAGAGUUGCAGCAAUGCAGAGAAAAUCCAAAGGUUUCAGAACUUGAGAAGGAGCUUGAUUCUAUGAGGGAUGAAGUUGACAGGCUUGCACGACUGAAGACUUCAUUAGAAGCUGAGAAAACAAGCAUAUCUGAACAAUUAUCAGCUCUAUCUUCUAUGGUAGAACAUCAUGAAGAAAAUGUAAGAUUAGAUGGCCAUGGCAACCAGAUACCUAGUGCAAAUGGGGACAAUACACCUUCAGAAAAUUUGGAGUUUGAAGUUGUUGAACUACGCCGGUUAAACAAAGAGCUACAGUUUCAGAAACGAAAUCUUGCAAUUAAGCUCUCUUCAGCUGAAUCCAAAUUGGCUGGCCUUGAGAAGAAUGCAGAGAGUGAUAUAGUUGCAAAGGUUCAAGCUGAGGCAUCGUUGCUGAGGCACACAAAUGCAAACCUCAGCAAGCAAGUUGAGGGAUUGCAAAUGAAUCAAGUAGCUAGAGCAAUGACGGAUAUAGAUUGCAAUGGUGUCAUGGCUUUUAAUGAGGAUGAUGGUGGUGAAGGUGAUGCAAAGAAUGCUGAGGACAGUUCUGAUAUAAAAUUCAGCAUUGCAGAACGCAUCAAGCAGUGGUCCCAGAAUGAUAAGAGUUGUCAAGCAUCUAAAAAGGAAGCCCUUCUUGAUAGGGCAUGGAUUGAAGCUGCAGAAGCACGAAGCCCGACACGUAGGCACUCACUUGGUGGACCAAAGGGACGUGCACAAGACUUCAACAUCAUUAAAAGAAGGCAAUCUGAUACCUUUAUCAGCCUUCCAGAUGCAACAGAUGAGUCAUUUGCCUGUAAUAAGGAUCCUACAAUCAGGGAGAAGCGUGACCUUCUUGUGGACAAGUAUGAUUUUGGUCGAUCUGAAAGUUCAAGAUUUGUUCUCAGCAAGCCAGAAGUAUGCAAAUCACAGUGUCUGGAUGUUGAAAAGCGUGCGUUGCGCAUCCCUAAUCCUCCACCAAGACCUUCUGUUUCUGUGUCAAAUUCUGGUCCAUCAAAUGGAUCGACUGUAAAUCCACCACGACCACCGCCGCCGCCACCUCCUCCAAAGUUUUCCUCAAAAAGUACUGGGGUCAUGAAGAGGGCACCUCAGGUCGCAGAGCUCUACCAUUCACUUAUGAGAAGGGACUCCAAAAAGGAUACUUCCAGUGGUGGAAUCUGUGAAGCAGCUAACUCUGCGAAUGUGCGGAGUAGCAUGAUUGGUGAAAUCGAGAAUCGCUCAUCCCAUUUGCAAGCUAUCAAGGCGGAUGUUGAGACUCAAGGUGAAUUUGUGAAAUCAUUGAUUAAGGAGGUGACUAGUGCAGCCUACAAAGAUAUCGAAGAUGUGGUUGCAUUUGUGAAGUGGCUAGAUGAUGAACUUGGCUUCCUAGUGGAUGAGAGAGCAGUGUUGAAGCAUUUUGAUUGGCCUGAGAGGAAGGCAGACACUCUACGAGAGGCAGCUUUUGGCUACCAGGACCUGAAGAAGCUGGAAUCGGAAGUUUCAAACUAUAAAGAUGAUCCACGCCUACCCUGUGAAAUCGCGCUGAAGAAAAUGGUUACACUAUCUGAAAAGACCGAGAGAGGUGUCUACAACCUUCUAAGGACAAGAGAGGCUAUGAUGAGGCAGUUCAAGGAGUUUAAUAUUCCAACUGACUGGAUGCUUGAUAACAAUCUUAUUAGCAAGAUAAAGUUUGCUUCUGUGAAAUUAGCGAAGAUGUACAUGAAAAGGGUUGCAAUGGAGCUUCAAUACAUGGGCCCUCUGAACAAGGAUCCAGCUCUGGAGUACAUGCUGCUUCAGGCUGUGAGAUUGGCCUUCAGGAUGCAUCAGUUUGCUGGAGGUUUUGACGCGGAGACCAUGGAUGCAUUUGAAGAGCUGAGGAACCUUGUUCACGACAAGAAGCAAGAAGGUCCUUGCCUUGCCCGCAAUCCUGCCACUGUCCGCCGCGCCUCCCACCUCCCUCUCCCUCGGCCGCAUCGCGAGUUCGCCACUGUGCGGGAGCGACGCCGCCGGCCACCAGCCACCGGCCCCGCCGGAAGCUCGUCACCAUCUCCGCAUCUCCGCUUCCUUAUCCGCCUCCCCUCGGGUCCUACUCCUCCUGACGGCCGGUGGCUUCCGCCAGGUGCCACGCCACCUCCCCCGCCACCAAACCGUAAGAGGGGCUGUCGAGUCCAGCGCCCGCUCGCCCGCCCCGCCGGCUUACUCCCGCACGCGCCGCCUAGGUUUGAACCUGCCUUAGAAAUAUACAAAAUGGCUGCAGUUGAUGCAACAACCAAGGAGAUGGAGGCACUGCAUGUUGGACAAAAUGAUGAAACAAAAGAUAAUUUGAUUAAAGACAAAGCUGCAAACAGCAAUCAUUCUGUUCUUGCAGCUCAGUCCUCACCACCAGAGGAUGAUGAUGAUGAAGCACAAGCUGAUGGUCCAUCUCAAGAUGGAGCACCAGGAGCUGUAAAGAAGAAAAAGAAGAAAAACAAAUCCAAAAAGAAGAAGGACCCCCUUCAGCAGACAGAUCCUCCAUCAAUACCUGUUGAUGACCUUUUCCCGUCAGGAGAAUUUCCUGAGGGUGAAAUCCAACAAUAUAAGGAUGAUAAUUUGUGGAGAACAACUAGUGAGGAAAAGAGGGAGCUGGAACGACUGCAAAAGCCAAUGUACAACUCUGUUCGACGAGCAGCAGAAGUUCACAGACAGGUGCGGAAAUAUAUGAGGAGCAUCAUAAAGCCUGGAAUGUUAAUGGUUGAUCUAUGUGAAACAUUGGAAAACAUGGUCCGGAAACUUAUCAAGGAGAAUGGACUGCAAGCUGGCAUUGCUUUUCCAACUGGAUGCUCCUUGAAUUGGGUUGCAGCUCACUGGACUCCAAAUGCGGGCGACAAAACUGUGCUACAAUAUGAUGAUGUGAUGAAGCUGGAUUUUGGAACUCAUAUAGAUGGGUACAUUGUUGAUUGUGCAUUUACUGUUGCAUUCAAUCCUAUGUUCAAUUCAUUGCUUCAAGCAACGAGAGAUGCCACGAAUACAGGGAUCAAGGAAGCUGGAAUAGAUGCACGGCUUGGUGAUGUUGGUGCUGCAAUCCAAGAAGUUAUGGAGUCAUAUGAGGUUGAAAUCAAUGGGAAAGUUUUCCAGGUUAAAAGUGUUCGGAACCUCAAUGGACAUAGCAUUGGGCCAUAUCAAAUCCAUGCUGGGAAAUCAGUUCCAAUAGUGAAAGGCGGAGAACAAACAAAAAUGGAGGAGGGGGAGUUUUAUGCCAUUGAAACUUUUGGAUCUACGGGAAAGGGAUUUGUCAGGGAGGACUUGGAAUGCAGUCAUUACAUGAAGAACUUUGAUGUUGGACAUGUGCCUUUGCGGUUAGCAAAGGCCAAGCAACUACUUGGGACAAUCAACAACAACUUUGGAACGCUCGCCUUUUGCCGCCGGUACUUGGAUCGCCUUGGUGAGACCAAGUACCUAAUGGCUCUGAAAAAUCUAUGCGAUAAUGGCAUCGUUCAGCCGUACCCUCCCCUUUGCGACGUGAGAGGGAGCUACGUCUCACAGUUUGAGCACACCAUCUUACUCCGGCCAACUUGCAAAGAGGUUAUUUCCAGAGGCGAUGACUACUGA